ACACAAUCAGCUGACUUGACAUUUAUGAAUUUGUGAAAUUAGUGUUUUGUUUACAAACAAUUUAGAUAAUUUAUUAAUAAUGGCCGAUUACUGGAAGUCUAACGAACGAAAAUAUUGCAAUUUCUGCAAAUGUUGGAUCAGCGACAACAAGGCGAGCAUCGCCUUUCACGAAAGUGGCAAACGCCACAAAAUGAAUGUAUCCAAACGAAUUACAGAAAUCAGUCGUAGCAGCGAAAAGGCUGAGCGUGACCGACAAAAGAUGGAUGCUGAGAUACGCAAAAUGGAAGAAGCAGCAUUGCGUUCGUUCGCACAAGAUAUACAUGCUAGUAGAGAUUUCACAGCACGUAACAUCAAUACUGUACUGGAAGCUGCGACUGUUGGCGCUGUCACGGCCUCAACGUCAACAGCUGCUGGUGCUCGUGGAAAACAAGUUGAUCCAGUAAGGUUACCUGGUAACUCCGAUGAUGAAGAAGAUGACGACAGACGAGUAAAAGUACAAAAAGUAACACCAGAAAGUGUGCCAAAUGCCUCACUUUGGGUGGAGGGUGUAUCUGAUGAAGGUUAUACCUAUUAUUGGAACGUAAAGACGAAUAAAUCCGUUUGGGAACCACCAAAAGAGGGCUACCUCUCCUAUGUGGAAUAUCAACGUAUAAAUGAAUUAGCUGCAAAAAAGCAAAAAUUGGAGCAAGAGUCUGAGGCGAAAAAGUUCCGUGAGAAUGUCAAUGAAGAAGUGGCACGCUACAAUCGAGAACGUUUGAAAUUGUUUCGCAAGCCAGACACACCACAAGAAGCACAAAGAAAACGUGAGGAGAAGCAAGCAUAUAAAACUGAGGAGGAGGCAUCUGCUCAGACAAUCGGUGAAUGGCAGGUUGUGGAACGGAAACCUACUCCGCCACCAGUCGACUUGGAGCUACCCAAAAUCAAUAACUAUUAUAUGCCGCCAGUAGUGUCGGAAGCCCCAGCCGAGCCACCAGUAAAACGUUUCAAAGAAAAAACCAUCGAAUCAUUAGAUCCAACAUUUGCAAUCGAUGUGCCUACCUCAUUUAAAAAACGAAAAUUCGCUGCCAAAGCCAAUCAACGUCAACGUCUCGACGUCGACUAAUUUACAAGCUCCCAAUCAGCCCCAAAGUUAUAAAUUUCCCCUAUUUUAUAAUUCAAUAAUUAAGUUAAUUAGUUUAAAUUAUAUUAAGGAAAACACGAGCAAUAAAACGAAAUGGAUUUGUGCAUUAUGCUGUUCAUGCAUUUUGACGUCAGACCAAACCGGAAUAUAAAUGUGGUGUGCAUAACUAAUUAAAUUCACAGCAGCGACUUGUAAGGAACAUUUAUAUUUUCGGUAAUUAAUAGACACAACGUCAGCACUGCUAGUGAAUCAUAAACGUCGCGGCAUGAUGAUCGUCAGCACAAACGGUUGUAAGCCUUCAGUCUGGUCUGGUGCCAGAUGUGUGUACUUACAUACA